AUUCAUGGGAAUACGUCACGAACGUAUGAGUGAUUUCAUUGUUUUUGCAAUAUCGAAUUUUACUACAAAUAUUAUUUUUUCUAUUACGUGUGAGUAAAUUACGUAUAACGGAAAAUUUGUAAAUAAGUUCGAGGAAAAUAAUAUUCUCGUAGUUUUAUGCUUGUUUACGUUCAUUCGACGACUCAACGUAUAAAGUGUAUGAGAGCGUGACGACGCCUUUAGUCAUAUUAUGUUCAAAAGUAAAUAUUAUUUAUACGAUUUACGUUAUUGUUAAAUAUCUUUAAAUACCAUUCGUAUCUCGAUGGAUUUAGGAAUUCGUCGAAAGAAUUCAGAAAAAGGUUUUGAUACGGACGAUGAAUCUGAAUAUGCAAUGAUAAAACGUAUCAAAAUGGAACCAGAAGCUAUAUUGUCUCAGGAUGACGAUAUAAUGGCACAAUUUCAACAGGACAAUUCAGACUUGGAAGUUGAACCAAGUUUUUCUUUAGAAGGUAGUACCAAUAGCGAUGAUUGUAACGAUGGGAUUCUUAUGCAACAUAUGGAUAUUAGAGAACCACUGUCCACUCUAAGAAAUCUUUUGGAACAGAGAUUGGGCGUCGAGCUUACCGAUUAUUCAUUUUGGUUGCAAGAUGCACAAAUGCUCGAAUGUCACAAAAAUUUAGUCGAUCAAUGCGUGCAAGGUGAAGGUCUUGUUCAAGUUAAUGUUCAAAUAAAAGCAUUACAAAAACGUAUUAACAUAGUAGACGUUUUAAAACCUGCGGAAGAUUACAUUGAACUUGCAGAAAAUAAUUCAAUAACAUCCUUCAACGAAGAAAAUAAACAAAAUGUGAUAAGAUGGAUGGUAGAUGCACAAUAUAAGAAAGAGCAGGAACGCUUGAAGAUACCAGCCGAUCCAAAAGAUUGGUCACAAACACACGUGAAACAUUGGCUUCAAUGGGCCGUUAGACAAUUCAAUUUGGUUUCCUUACGUUUAGCCGAUUGGAAUAUAACAGGUGCACAAUUGUGCAAUCUAACACUUGAAGAAUUUCAGAGCAAGGUUCCUCUUGAUCCCGGUGAUGUAUUCUGGACACAUUUGGAAUUAUUACGAAAAUGUAAAUUCGUCGCUGUUGUACAAAAGGACGUUCCAACGUCGGUCAGUGAAAAUACUACGAACAAAACUAUGAAAGUACGUAAUCAAAAGAAUCCUAAAACACGGCCAGUUGUUAAUCAACAAACAAGAGUAGUCAGUGUACCAUUGGAGAAUAUUGAUUCGACACCGAUCACAAUAGCAACGUCGAGUCGUUCAGUAAACAGCGGACAAAUACAAUUGUGGCAAUUUUUAUUGGAAUUAUUGACGGAUCGUGAACACAGAGGUGCUAUACAAUGGGUAGGAACCGAAGGAGAAUUUAAAUUGACUCAACCAGAAGCAGUUGCACAAUUAUGGGGCGCGCGUAAAAAUAAACCAUCGAUGAAUUAUGAAAAAUUAAGUCGAGCACUUCGUUAUUAUUAUGACGGUGAUAUGAUAUCUAAGGUACACGGGAAGAGAUUCGUUUACAAGUUCGUUUGCGAUUUGAAACAAUUGUUGGGCUAUUCGGCCGCUGAAUUAAGUAAAUUAGUCGAAGAAGGUAGACGUUACUUUUGA